AAGUGGGACAUUUGCAUCGGGUGGAUAAUUUUCAAAUGUUUGCUGUAUGUCGAAGAAAUAGGAGGACAACAAAAAAGGAUCAAGGAAUAUAAAGUUGUAAGGGCACUGAACAUUACAAAAUGUCGAAGCAAAAUGGCAAGGCGCCGCAAGAGAAACAUAUCCAAGUGGUGGUGCGGUGCAGACCUAUAAGUAACACAGAAAAGAAGCAGGGAUCACACAAAGUUGUAGAGACCAAUUCUAUCAAAAAAGAAGUCGUAGUAAACAUGGAAGUAGCAGAGAAGUCCAUCAACAAAACGUUCAGCUUUGACAAGGUUUAUGGUCCAAAAGCAAAGCAGGUUGAUGUGUACAAAGGAGUAGUUGCACCUAUCUUGGAUGAAGUGUUGGCGGGAUACAAUUGUACUGUAUUUGCGUAUGGCCAGACAGGCACAGGUAAAACAUUUACAAUGGAAGGAGAAAGAUCUCCAGAUUUGGAUCUGUCAUGGGAACAGGAUCCUCUGGCUGGUGUGAUUCCCCGUUCCAUGCAUCAGAUCUUUGAUAAACUGAAGGACCAGGAAGUAGAGUUUUCCAUCCGUGUGUCGUAUCUCGAACUGUACAACGAGGAACUCUUUGACCUUCUCGCCCCAACAGAUGAUACACCGCGUUUAAGAAUUUUUGAAGAUGCCACAAGAAAGGGUUCUGUGGUUAUUCAAGGCCUAGAGGAGGUUGUUGUUCAUAACAAGGAUGAGGUGUACUCCAUUCUAGAGAAGGGGGCUGCUAAACGACAGACGGCAGCUACAUUGAUGAAUGCCCAUUCAAGUCGAUCCCAUUCUGUAUUUUCCCUGACAAUCCACCUGAAAGAGAACAACAUAGAUGGGGAGGAGCUUCUCAAGAUUGGCAAGUUAAAUCUUGUUGACCUUGCAGGUAGCGAGAACAUUGGAAGGUCAGGUGCUGUAGACAAGCGUGCCAGAGAAGCUGGUAACAUUAACCAAAGUUUACUGACGCUUGGUAGAGUCAUCACAGCUCUGGUAGAGCAUGCACCUCACGUCCCUUACAGAGAAAGCAAGCUGACACGUCUAUUGCAAGACUCAUUGGGUGGGCGAACCAAAACGUCCAUCAUUGCUACCAUCUCACCCGUUGCUUGUAAUCUUGAGGAAACACUGAGUACCUUGGAUUAUGCUCAUCGGGCCAAGAACAUCACAAACAGACCAGAAGUAAACCAGAAGCUUACCAAACGCACUCUCAUCAAAGAGUAUACAGAGGAGAUUGAGAGACUGAGGAGAGACUUAAUAGCUGCCAGGGAGAAAAAUGGAAUAUUUUUAUCAGAAGAAAAUUAUAAGUCUAUGGAAAACCAAAUUGCAUCACAACAAGACCGAAUUAAAGAAAAGCAAGAGAACAUUGAAGCUUUGGAAGAGGAGUUGAAAAAGAUUCAAGAAAUGUAUUUCAUUCAGUCAGAGCAGUUGGAGGAAACAUCCAAAACACUGGAAGACACACAAGCAAAUUUAACCACAACAAAGAAGGUCUUGAGGGACACGACUCAAGAUCGUGACGAGCAAAAGCAUUUGGUGUCAAAACACGUUACUACCGAGAAGUCACUCUACUCACAAGCAACUAGUCUUCUGGGUGUGACGAAGGAGAGUACAAGCGAUGUGGAAGGACUUCAUGCCAAACUAGAUCGUAAAAGGGCAGUGGAGAAACACAACAAUAAUGCGCAGAAAACCUUCCAGGACAACUUCCAUGCUCAGAUGCAGAGUCUUCACGGAAGUCUGACGAAUUUCAGCGAGAAGCAAACAAAAUACAUUGAGCAACACCAGGAAAAUCUUGAUAAUGACCUUACUGGGAGAUCUGAGGAGAUGAAUAAACUUUGCAACACACUGUCAACAAUUGUAGACAACACUGAGAAGAAACUCUGUAACCUAGCAACAAGCAAUCAGGAAUAUUGUUCGACUACAGAACAGUGGAAUAAUGAAAUGUUGAAUAUGACUGAGAAACACAAUGAAACAAAUGUAAAAACAUUGCAAUCAUUUUUGUCUGACACAAUUCUACCAUGUAUGAGGACCAUCCAAGGCAAAUUGUCCGUCCAUGCCCAGGCUUUGGGCCAAUGGAAAGGCAGACUUAGAGAACAACGUGAGACGCAGACAAGGCACAUGAGGCAGUUUGUUGCCGAGGAGAAGGAGAAGCUAGAGCACUUCACAAGCCUAGCAAGCACUCAGCUGGAAACACAAGCAACAGAACUUGAACAGCAACGACAGGCAGCACAGCAACUUGUUGAGGACUCGGAAAAACAAGGCCAGGAGUUACAAGAAGCAUUUGUUGCAGCAGUUACAGAGCAGAUUCAGAAGUUGAUGGUGACACAGUACAGCAGUCUCAGAACCGGCGUUGAAAGCUUACAAAGUCAGCAAACAAGGGUGAUAAAUCAGGCAAAGGAACUUAAAACAGAAGUAAAGGAGUCUGUGGGUCAUAUUGCUACAGCUACUGAAGAAUUUUCAGUUCAAUUCAACUCACAAACGGAAGAGUUUACAGAUAAGAUAGUUGAGGACAUGGCUCAGGCAUGUGACUGCCAUGAUGAGACGGCAAAGACUAACUGUAACCUGGAAAGCAACCUAAAGAACUUUGUCCAGGAAGAGGUGGAUGUUUUCAACCAACAGAAGGCAGAUCUUGAAAGAGAAUUAGAAUUACAGAUGACAACAGUAAAACAAGAAACAGAGAAACACACAGCUGGUGUUGAUUGUCUGAAGACAGAGUUUAAAGAACAGAUGAGGACAACACACAAUACAGUACAAGAUCAGUAUCACGGUUUGCAAACAUCAUUGGCAGUCUUAGUCAGACCACUUAAAGACCAGAACGAAGAUCUUGAAUUAUGGACAGAGGGCAUGGAGGAAGAAUUUACCGUCACAACGCAAAUGGCAGAGAACUUUGUAACAAUGAAGAUGAAGAAAGACAUGCCAACAGGCACAACACCACAGAGAAGGGAGUUCCUUUAUCCAAGGAAGCUGUCCAAGACAUCUCCACAUGAAAAGAUCUUGCAAACCUUCCGUACGGAUUAUGAAGUUAAGCAAGCUGCCGCCUUGCCUCUACCGGAUUUUUCAGAUAGUGAGGUAACUUUGAGCUCUAGUCCAGAAAGACCAGUAUCAGCGUUAUCACAAUCGCGUAUGGGGAGUUCAGAGAAUCUAAGUUACAUUUCCGAUCUGUCACAAUCACAGGACGAGACUGAAUGUAAGGAGAAUUUUGUAAUACCAAAAGAUAUGUCCAGCGUGAGCAAACGCAAGAUGAGGGGUAAGGUCCGGAACAUGCAAACUAAGUCACGUCUGCCACUACGCAGUACGAACACCACGCCAUCAAAUUGAUAUAUUUUCAAAAAGUGGAAAUACGAAGUUAGAAACUCUCAUUGUACAUACGUUUAUUGACCAUCCAAUGGAAAACAACUGAUUUAUAAUAGUUCGCUAAGGAUUGAGAUUAAUUAUGCAACAUAUACAAUUAAUAGGUACAGCUAACUGCAUAUUAGUGUUCAAUUCCACAAACAUGCACAUUAGAAUUUGACAUUGGUGUCUCCAAUAUUAAUUUUUCAAGAUACUAAAGCACUAUUAUGACUAUUAUCGUAUAACAAUUUUUUAAAUAAACAAAAUCAUAUUGAAUUAAGAGGAAAAGAAGCAGAAAUAUAGUUAUAGUGGGUAAGGUCCCCACUAUUUAAUCCUAGAGUAUCGUAGUUGGUUUCACAUACACUAUUGAUAAAUUAGUGUAUAAUAAAAUGUAGCGUAGCAUAUGAUGUAAUACAUAUACGGUAUUGUAAUUUAAAUGUGUUGUAACCCUAUAUUUUAACUUUAUAGAUAUUUUGGUGCAGUGGUCAAUUUUGUCCAAGAGGGUUAUUUUUUUCUUGUUUUCCUGUUUCCAUAAUUUUCCUGUUUCCAUAAUUUGCAUACUAAAGAUUUAAGAAAAUACUUGUUAACAUUAUGAAUGUGCAACAUCAUAUAGAAAGCCCUGACUAUCAAAUUUGAUUUGACAAAAAAACUGUUGUAUGCCCAUAUAUAGUCAUGAUGUGCCUAUAUAUGGUCAUGAUGUGAUGUGUAGACAAUGCUUUAAGGACAUUUUGCACAUUUUGUUUAUAAUUACUCAGCUUUUAUAAUAUUGUGAUUAUUGGCGUGACCCACUUUUAAGGCGAUCAUGUUGAAAUCAUAAAUUUAAAUGCUUUUAGGUGACUUAAUCAUAUUCAUCCUUGUAUCGAUAGCAUCAAACUUCCUCUUUGGAAUUCAUAAACAUUUUUAUAUAUAUACUGUAUUUUAAAAAACAAUAAAUGGUAUUACUUUGUAACAUAAAUAUGUACAAUAAAAUCCUUUAAAGAAACGUUAUAGUAAAGUAAUCUAUUCUUCAGCUUAAAAUUUCUUAACAGAAUUGUAUUAAAGACACUGUGCAUAUAUGUUUACAAAAGCCCUAAGAAAUGUUAUGGUAAAGCAAUCAAUUGGUGGGCAUGCUAUUAGCAAAUUGUAAGAUCUUUGCUUUUCAUUAAGACACCUAGUGUUGUACUAUAUGAAGAUGGUGUAAAACGUUCAGUUUUUUAUGUAAUAUAUUAUAUUUUUUGUCUGUAAUUGGUGAUGCAUUGCAUUGAUUUUAUUUACAAACCACUUAUCACUUGCCAAUGCUCUAGGAUACAAUAAUACCAUUUAGAAAGAA